CCACCCAUAACAGGAACAGAGACUGGGUAUUACAGAACGACAAUAAAAACAGAACCAGCUUCUGACAGUACCUGCAUGGAGAAAAUGGUGGUUAGGAAAACUGAGGAUAUGACAGACUUCAUGGAUGACUUAACCCUCAGCUCACCAAAGAAAAGAGAGUUGUCUUUGAGAUCCAAGAGGAGUUGUGAUAGGUCAUCAACAAGGUCAUCUAGCAGAUCCUCUUGCAGUUCACGGUCCAGUUCAAAUAGUUCCUCUUCAGCUUCCUCCAGGAGUUGGAGCCGAUCCAGGUCAAGGUCAUGGGCUGGAAGAAAUGGUUCCCGAAGGUACAGAAGGUACUCUCGCUCGUAUUCCAGAAGCCGGUCCAGAUCACGUGGGUACAUGAGGUACCGGGGAAGAUACCAUGCCAGGCACUACAGGAGGUACCACCGCUCUCCUCCGAGAUACAGGUCACGCAGUAGGUCGUGGUCUCGUGGAAGAUCAUACUACAGAAGGUCCUAUUCAAGAAGCAGAUCGCGUUCAAGAGGCCGAAGAUAUUAUGGAUUUGGGCGAACAGUGUAUCCUGAGGCUUACAGGAGCUGGAGAAGCAGGUCACGAACAAGAUCUCGGAGUAGGUCACCUCUCCAUUUGAGUGAAAAAGACAAGAGGGAACUCCUGGAAAUUGCAAAAGCUAAUGCUGCAAAAGCUCUGGGAACAGAUAACAUAGUCUUGCCAGCAAGCUUGAAGAUUGUUACUCCUUCCAAAGAGAUUAAAAAUGAAAAACAAGAGCAUGAAGACGCUGGAGAGUCAGCUGAGCAACCCAGCAGACCAGUAGAAGACAUAACCAAGAGUGGACUGGAGCGAGUGACCCUACAGAGAAGCAUUUCUUUCAGUCCUAAUAAUACAAUGGCAAAACCAGUACUACAGAAGCCAGCAAGCCAUGUUGUUAAGGAACCGGUAAUUUCUCUGGGAAGAGAAGACGACAGAAAGGGAAGUCCCUACGGGCAAUGGGUUCCUGUCAAGAAGGAGGAGAAGAAAACAUUUUUAAACUUCUCGCCUAAAAGUGCACCGUUCCGGGCACGCUAGCGUAUUUUUCUUGCUCUGACUGCAGCAUUACGCUUGGUUCAGUAGUGAGAUCUGAAACUUUCUGAUGAGGUUGAAGACUUGUUAAUACUGAGUAUUUAUUCUGAGAUCUUAAUUUUGGAAUCUUAGGUUUCUCUUUCAGAUGUAGAGCACAGUGAUC